CUCAACAAUAAAAACUUGACAAAUAAAAACUUGAUAUAUGAAAAUGAUGAUAAAGAGUUUGAGAAAUUAAAUAAUAAAUUAAAUAAGAAAUUAGUUAAGCAAUUUAAUUAUAAAUCAGAUGAAGAAGUUGAAGAAGUUAAAGAAUUAAAUAAAAGAUCAGCAGAAGAAUCAACAGAAGAAUUAGCUAAUAAAUAA